CAUUGAACAGCUCUGUUUGUGCAGAGUGAGGCUCGAUCCCAAAUCACUCCCUUGUGUCUGUAUAAGUGCACUACAUAGGGUAUGAAAACAUGGCCAUUAUGUGCUACGUAGUGCACUAUGCUGUCUAACAGGCUGCCAUUUUGGAUUCAUUUUGAGGCUUCGCAGGAACGCCGUUGUUUCCACCGUGAGAUCUUCCGUUCAACACGACUGACUGUGUAACUCAGAAUUUCUCUAACUGUCGCGAUGCCUAAAUCAAAGGAAGUGCUGUCUUCAACAUCCAGCAGUGACUCAGACAGUGAAGCUGACACAAAGGCCAAACGGAAGAAGCAAAUGAUAGAGAAGCCAGCAAAGAAACAGAAGAGUGGGGAGUCAUCAAAGUCCAGUGCAUCUAAAAGCAGCGGAGGCAGCGCCAAUAAAAAAGAUAACAUGUUCCAGAUAGGGAAGAUGAGGUAUGUGAGUGUGCGAGAGUUCAAAGGGAAAGUCCUCAUCGAUAUCCGCGAGUACUGGAUGGACCAGGAAGGUGAAAUGAAACCAGGAAAGAAAGGGAUUUCUCUGAACCCGGAGCAGUGGACCCAGCUGAAAGAGCAGAUCGACGAUAUCGACGAUGCCUUGAGGAGAAUAUAAAAGCUGUUCACGAAGCGUUCACGAAGCCGUCUGCUUCUUUCCUCUGUCUGGAUUUCACUCACAUUUUAUAAGUCAGAUUAGCGAUCUUGUAGUGUGAAUUUUCUGAUUAGGUUUUAGUGUAACGAUUGUCGUAUUUUUCUAUUUCUUUGUGUUUUUAUUCUACUGAUAAAGCAACUGAGAGGCUACGCGUUGUCCUGGGUGCGUAUGGGUUUAACUUGUGCUCAUGUUUUUUUACAAUAAAGAUGAUGGGAAAACGAAA